AUGACGACCCUCGCAACAGGCUCUUGCUUUUCCUGCCGCCGUAGUAAGCGCCGUUGCGACAAGCGCAUGCCCGCAUGCCAAUUGUGCCUCCGCAAAGGCUCAAAGUGCGCUUAUCCGCAGCGACGCGGACAACGAUUCGCAUCACCGAUCGAGAAUACUCCCGGAAUCGAAUGGACCAUUGGAGCUGAGUCCAUUCCUGUUCCGGCGAGCAUCCCGUUGCGCCCCUCCUCGCAGUCACCCUUAAUCCCCUCUUCAUUCGCGAGAGCUACGGCGAUAGCCUUCCUCGCACCUAGCCUCUUCCGUGAAGCUUCCCUGGACAUCCCGCGCCUUGAUCUAGAUAUCCCCCCCGAAAUCGCCGCGCACCUGGGUGAUCGCCAGCAGAUGCGGGAGACGACGGCCGAGUUCUUCCAGCUGACACGGUCGUGGAUGUCGAUCGUCAGUCCCCGGCGGCAUCUGGCCGCUGUGCUGAAUCCGCUCUCCGCGACUCGGCGGCCGUCUGCGCUGCUGGCGCUGUGCAUGAAGCUUUGCUGUCUGCCAGUUUCGCGGCGGGAUGAUGGGGAUGGCGAUGGGGAUGGUGAUACGGAGAGGACUUCGCUGUAUCGACUGGUUAAACGGUUCUACGCCGAGGUCGAGAGCACCGAGGGGUUGUGUCUUCAGGUCCUGCAGGCUGCAGUGCUGAUUGCCGUCUUUGAAAUUGGUGACGCGAUCUAUCCCGCUGCGUAUCUGACUGUUGGGGCGUGUGCCCGGUAUGGGAUCGCCAUGGGCCUCGACAAGGUCAAUAAAGAUAGGAUGGGCGGGGGUACUAGGGGUACGGACGCAGCCUCGUGGAUGGACAUUGAGGAGAGGCGUAGGGUCUGGUGGGGAGUUUUGAUCCUGGACCGAUUCCUUAAUAUCGCAGACCCUACUCGAAGCCUCGCGACCGAAGACCCCGCCUUUGAAGACUUUCUCCCAGUAGAUGAUGAAAAGUUCUAUGACGCGACCGCGGUUCCAGAGGACGCAAAUAUCAUAUCCCAAGCAUUCACAUACAAAAUAGGCCAGUUCCGACGCCUCGCUCAGGCAACGUACCUGAUAAGCCAAGUCCUUGUAACCAUACGGUCGAGUCCCAUCGCACCCAACACCCACAGCCACAGCCAUGCCAAUACUAGUAUCAGUCGGCCCAUGGACACGGCGCAGCUAUGCCGAACCCUCGACGUCCUAGUCCGCGCCAACGAAGUCGAAGCCACAAUUGGUAAACUGGCGUUUUGCUGCCAGAGCCUUGUUUCGUUCAGCGGCAUCCUCCUCCUCCAGGAACACCACUGGAGCCAAGUGGCCGUCCAAUCCACCGAGGACGCAGAACGCCAUACCUUCAGCGAAACCCGCAACGCCUUCGACACGCUGUACCGAAUCGCCCUGUUCCUCAAGCAGGGAUCCGAGACCCAGCUCCCCCUCCUCCUCCUCCGGGGCCAGUGUACGUUUUUCCUCGCGAGCGUGGUGUACCACGCAUCGUCGGCGCUUAUGACGAUUGGGAGGGGGGAUCCGUCCGCGGUGGUUCGGGAGAAGAUUGAGGCGUUCGGGUGGUUGUUGGGGUUUCUUGGGGAGAGGUGGCCGCUCUCUGGUGUUUAUCUGAGUAUUCUCGAGGCGAAAGAGGCUCUCCUCGCAGUGGAGGCAAUGUGA